CACACCAAAGAAUUAUAGCGAUGAAUGCCAAACUUCACAUAUUUUUCAUUUUGCUGAUUACAUCAUUUACAGAAGCUAGUCAUUUUAGAGGCGGCACCAUUAGUUGGCAACCAACUGGAAUCGGAUUCGAGGUGCUGUUUUCAUUCAAACUGGGAUGGGUAUACAAUCAGGGACCGGGUUGCACCCCUGCACUCAUAGGUUCCCUCGUUACAGGGAUGAGUAGUUCCUUCUGGAAGUGCACGUCUGGCUGCAAUUCAGUAUCCCAAGAUCUAAGUAACGUGAACUAUAUAUGCACAGGGGCAAGCAUUACUGAAAAUUGGGAGCAAGGAGAGAGAACAUUUACAUAUACAUUUCCGGGAGAAGGUCCGUUCGUUGUUGAAUUUACCGGCUGUUGUUGGAUAAGUUUGAACUAUGGGUCAUCUUCAUCCUGGUCAAUUGGAACAGUAGUAAAUUUGGCCUCGAGGAGCGAUAUUAAUCAACCAAACAGCAGUCCUGUUACCACAGGAAAACCUAUGUACACAUUUCAGUAUGGAUGUGUUAAUACUUUACAAAUCCCAGUGGCGGAUGCUAAUGGCGAUAUUGUAAGAUGUCGCUGGUCGACAGGAUCGGAGUGUGUAUCUGUAUGCUCCGCUCUUCCUUACGCCACAUUGGACAGUGAAACCUGUUCGAUAACAUUUUCAUCCAACCACACGGUGAAUGGAAUGUACGCCAUAGCUAUUACUGUAGAAGAUUUUCCUCGAUCAAAUAUUACUGUUGGUGGAACAAUAUAUACACCAUCAGAUCCCAUGGCUUCGGUUAAUAUUCAGUUUUUAGUACAGACAACCUCUUUAAGCGGUGGAUGUAGUGAUCGGCCUAUCUUUGUUAAUAACACUCCACCAGAGGGCACAAUUUUCCAUGCUUUGACCGGACAAACUACCCACAUUAACUUUUAUGUUGCAAGCAACCAAACAAUUGCAAGAGUUGAUAUAACGUCACCAGCAGGGAUGACGUAUACUUCCCCACUCCCGUAUCCAGGGCGCCCAGGUGUCGUCUUCGUCAACACAACAUGGACGCCAACCGCAGCACAGAUCGGGUCUCACAUUCUUUGUGCCUUAGCAGAGGACAAUAUAGGAAAAGCUAGUGAUUCAAGAUGCGUUGUCAUACGAGUUACAGACAUAAGUCCUUGUGUGGCUGAACCUUGUUUGAAUAAUGGAACGUGCAUACGACAGGGACUGACACAGAACUUUACCUGUAGCUGUGCACCAGGGUACACCGACAACGUAUGCCAGACAGAUAUCGAUGAAUGUGCAAGUCAACCAUGUCUGAACAACGGAACCUGUACCGAUUAUGUAGAUCUCUUUACCUGUACUUGUUUACCUGGAUUUACAGAUGUUAAUUGUGGCACAGAUAUAAACGAAUGUGCAAGUUUUCCUUGUCUUCACGGAGGCUCCUGUCUAGAUUUAGUCAAUGUCUACCACUGUUCAUGCGCUGCUGGUUUCGCUGGAUAUAACUGUGAAAUAGAUAUCAAUGAAUGCGCUACGACUCCAUGUUUUUUCUUGUUUGAUUGCUAUGAUCAGAUUAAUGAUUACAUCUGUAAGCUUAACAUGUUUAAACUGGUAGCAGUGGUAUCAGCUUUAUCGCUUACAACAGCAAUCAUUAUCUUCAUAAUCUGCAAGAAUAAGAAACAGUACAAGGAUGUAGACCAUUCCUGGUUGUCAAACUAUUUGGAUGUUCGUAAACCUGACUCCCAGGCAAACGUUGUGUACCUUCCACAAUCAUUUCAGCAACCAAAGCGACCAACUCCAGCUAGAAAACUAUUCACCAUCAAAUCAUUUUUAUUCAAUAAUAAUACGUAGCAUUUAAUUUCAAAUUACAGUUUCACAAAUGUCAAUCAACAAAAAUAUAGUCUAUAUCAUGUUGCAAUGGUAUGCAAUUCAGAAAAUAAUUCCUGGUUAUUCAC